GGGAGAGAGGUUCAUCAGAGUUUUAUCGUUGCCUAAGUUUAGAUCUUGGCUCAGAGACGGCUUCUCGAGUAACAAGGCAGCAGGCUCACUUCAGCCACUCCACACUGAGACAGAAACACAGCUCCUCACAGAGCUUUAAAGGAAGGCAAGCAAAGCCACAGAAGAGUGGCAAGUCAGAAGAAAAAUAAGAGGAGAAGCAGGGGAGGGGCCCCUCAACACCAAACACUGUCAUAUAACAAGACUUUUCAAACAGAAGACACAGACGUAGAGAGAGAGAGACAGAGAGGAAGAGCACAAAGUGGACUAUUUAGCUUGCAACUGGCUCUUCAUCACAUCAGUUUAUCUCCAUUUUCAAAUUGCAGGGAUUGGAGAAUGACAGAGGACGCAGAGGUGGAAGUCAACCUGUCGCCAACCUCCGAGACCGAGCAACAGGCUCCACAUUUUCUACGAGAUGUUAUCUUCCACGGCAAGUUUAAGCUGCUAAAGGCUUUAACUCCAGAGGAAACCUCCCACUGUAAACAAGGCCUUUACUUCCAGGACGGUCAGCGGCGUAUUGACUAUGUCCUCACCUACAAUGUGAAGAAGCCGGGUGGUGGGCGUUCGAUGCGACACUCGACAUACCUGCUGACUGAGAACGCUGUGGCCCGUAGCCUGCGUCGUAGCCACCACAAACGUGACGAGCGUGCUCGUCUUCACCAAGCACAGAAGGCGAAAGCCCAGUUGACCCCACCAUCGCCGACAGUGGCCGACGUGGAGCUGGGCUGUGCUGGAGAGACCCUCAAUGGCCACGAGGACCACAAGGCCUUCAGGAGGGAGGAGUUUGAGGCUAAACUCCGAGACAUGGGACUCGUGCUGGAGAAGGACGAAGACGGCAAGAUCCCAGGGUUGGGUUUCGUGAAGAUUCACGCUCCUUGGAAUGUUCUCUGUCGAGAGGCUGAAUUCAUGAAGCUGAAAAUGCCCACCAAGAAGGUGUAUGAAGUCAAGCAGUCGAGCAGUGUCGUGGAGAAGAUCAGCUCUCUGGUCAGCAAAGCUCUGGAGCCUUUACACCCUCAUGUUGAGGAGCAUCGACCCAAGAACAUCAAACAUCUGUCACACACUUUCACAAGGGAGAAAUUACACCUGUUUGACCUGUCUGACAAAGACAGCUUCUUUGACAGCAAAACCAGGAGCUCAAUAGUUUUUGAAAUACUGAAAAGAACAACAUGCACGGCAAAAUACAACAUGGGUAUCACCAGUCUGCUUGGCAGUGGUGUCUACACGGCAGCUUACCCUCUUCAUGAUGGAAAUAUCAACAAGGAAAGUCCAGAGUCCAGUGACAGAAAGCUUUUGUAUGAAGAGUGGGCAAACUACGGUGUCUUCUACAAAUACCAGCCCAUUGGACUUGUGCGGAAGUAUUUUGGUGAGAAGAUUGGUCUAUACUUUGCCUGGUUGGGCCUGUAUACCCAGAUGUUGAUUCCUGCCUCCUUAGUGGGGGUCAUAGUUUUCCUGUAUGGAUGUGCAACAGUUGAUGACAACAUACCAAGCAUGGAGAUCUGCCACCCAAGGAACAACAUCACCAUGUGUCCUCUGUGCGACAAAGUGUGCAGCUACUGGAGACUCAGCACAGCCUGUGGAACCGCUCGGGCCAGCCACCUGUUCGACAACCCUGCCACCGUUUUUUUCUCUAUAUUCAUGGCACUGUGGGCUGCCAUGUUCAUGGAGCAGUGGAAAAGAAGGCAGAUGAGACUGAACUACGAGUGGGACCUGACUGGGUUUGAAGAUGAGGAGGACCAUCCGAGGGCUGAAUAUGAAUUCAAGGUGAUGCAGAAAUCUAUGAGCAAAGAUCAAAAAACCAAGCACAAGGUGGAAAAGCUCACCUUUCGAGACCGCCUUCCUGCCUACAUGACUACUGUUGUCAUGAUGUUGUUGAUGAUUGGAGUUACCUUUGCUAUUGUGUUCGGAGUGAUUCUCUACCGGAUCUCCACCAAAGCCGCGCUCCAUAUGAGCUCCAAUCCAGUCACACGGAGCCACGUGCAACUGACAGUAAAAACCACUGCAGCCAUCAUCAACCUGGUGGUCAUCCUCAUUCUGGACGAGGUGUAUGGUGCUGUGGCACGAUGGCUCACUGUGUUAGAGGUUCCUAAAACAGACAAGAGUUUUGAGGAGCGGCUUAUCUUCAAGACCUUCAUCCUCAAGUUUUUCAAUGCUUUCACUCCUAUCAUCUACAUUGCUUUCUUCAGGGGAAGAUUGGUUGGCAGACCAGGCAGCUACUGGUAUGUGUUUGAAUCCUACAGAAUGGAAGAGUGUACUCAUGGAGGCUGUCUGAUGGAACUGUGUAUCCAGCUGAGUAUCACCAUGUUGGGAAAGCAGCUAAUUCAGAACAACCUUUUUGAGAUUGGAGUGCCCAAACUAAAGAAGCUGAUUCGCUACAUUCGGUCAAAGCAAGGUGGUUUUCAAGAAGAAGAGAGAAAGAAGAAGCUGCUGAGAUAUGAAACAGACCACUUCCUGGAGCCAUUUGCUGGAUUAACACCUGAAUAUAUGGAAAUGAUCAUCCAGUUUGGUUUUGUUACAUUAUUCGUGGCAUCCUUCCCCCUGGCUCCGCUCUUCGCUCUGCUCAACAACAUCAUUGAAAUACGACUUGAUGCCAAGAAAUUUGUGACUGAGCUGCGGAGACCAGUGGCAGCACGAGCCAAAGACAUUGGAAUAUGGUACGACAUACUGAGAGGAGUAGCAAAGGUGGCUGUCAUCAUCAAUGCCUUUGUCAUCUCCUUCACCUCAGACUUCAUACCGCGCAUGGUCUACCAGUACAUGUACAGCCCAGAUGGCUCCAUGCAUGGAUUUGUGAACCACACAAUGUCCUAUUUUAAUGUCAGCCACUUCCAGGAUGGUAAAGAACCCAUGGAGCCAUUGUACCUUGGAUAUCCCGUUGAGAUUUGCAGGUAUAAGGACUACAGAGAGCCUCCUUGGUCAGUGACUCCGUAUGAAAUCUCCAAGGAGUUCUGGACAGUGCUGGCUGUGCGACUGGCCUUUGUCAUUGUUUUCCAGAACGUUGUGUUGCUGAUGAAUGACGUUGUAGACUGGCUAAUCCCAGACAUCCCGAAAAACAUCAGCCUCCAGAUCCACAAGGAGAAGAUUCUAUUGGUAGAACUGUUCAUGAAAGAGGAGCGAGUCAAGAGCCAUAUCCUUGAGAGCAGAGUCUCAGCAGGAGGCCCCGCUUUCUGCAGCAGGAGCAACAACAACAACAAUUACACAACAGCUCACCCGCGCUCUUCUCCGCACACCAACAGCACCAAGAGCUUCUGAUGCUUUUGACAGUGAUUUUUUUUUUGGUUCACUCUUGGUGAGCAAGUCUUAGCUUGCUAGCAGCCUGCUUGCUCAGGCCAAGUUAAACUCUGUGAUUUUGUUCUUGUUCGGAACAUUCCAACAACUGGGAGAGCAGCUGGUUGACAAUGCAUGAGGAAAGUAAAUGUUGGGCCAAAUGUGUGUGGAGCGCAGCAAAACUGUACAGCGACCUGUACAUGUGCACACAUUUGUGAACGUGUACAAAGAUCUCUACAUGUGUUGUCAGAUUUGUGACUGUGUAUGGGAAUCUUUGAAUGUGUGUAUUCAGGGUUUUAUUCAAAACGUUAAUUUUAAACAGUGCUAGAUAACAUACUAGUGGUGUACAUUUAGGAACAUGACGCCAAGAAAGUAACAAAAGAGAAAACAAAAAGAGAGAACAUAGAGACAGACAACCAUUCACACUUACAGGUAUAUUUAGACACUCACCAAUUAUUCUUCAUGAGGAAAACCUGGAAACUUUGAAUCCUGGUUUGAACAACCUGGAUUCUUAUCUCAGUAUACAGAUCCUGCAUUUGAACAUACAAAGUCUGUUGGUGAGGAUUUUGGGAUCCAAAGGCGUUCUGGUUUCUGUGUCUAGUUUGUUUGACCAAGCAUUUUUGAGUUUCUUUUUUGCAUGGAGAGCAAAAGAUGGACUGACAUCUGUCAGGCAUCAUCUAUAGCAUAUUAGCCCAAAAAUGUGCUAGUUGUGAAAAUCCAGUUAUACGUGGCAAUAUUUUUUCUCACGUUGCCAGUUGGAAUUCAAAAUGGUAUGCGGUGAACCAAAGUCAUCCACUAUCAUAUACUGGAAGCCCCGAAAAAUAUUGGCUGUUGCUCCCAGAGGAUAAUUUGUAACCACACAAGAGCCAGUGAAUGGUGAGAUUAUCUGGACUAAGAAUGUUCUUGCUGUAAAGGCCCUGGUAUACCUCCGCACACUGUGAGCAUGAUGCGAAUUGCGUCAUCAACGCGCAACAUGCUCACCAUGCAGAAAAAAGAUAUUCGACAACAGAAGAAGUAGUCCCCAAGGAUAGUCUUCCGAGCUUCGACCUGGCGACCCUCGAACCAGCUGACACCCUGACUCCCCUGCCCAACAGGCGUUUCAGCUGUGAGCCGCUCGAACCAGUAUAUCCGAGGGAGCUGUAGCAUCGUUCUUUUCUUUGGUAGGAAUGCGUCCUAUUCCCUACGUCCAGACGUGUACCGCCACCUCGAUGGUAUAGUGAGAUACUACAGGACCCUGAUGUGUGAGUAUACCAGGGUCCCCAAUGUGCGACUCGAAAUUCGAAAGUAUACCAGGGCCUUAAGUCCACUGUGUCGAUCAUAGCACCAGUGUGUCACCAGUGAGUAUUGCUUAAAGCAUAAAAUGAUUUUUAUAACUAUUUAAAGCAAUACCAUCGCUGGACCCAUGGAGCAUUCAAACCCCAAAUAAAAACAUAUUAUCUGAGUGAAAAAAGUGCCUUGUGCUACACUCCUGCUGUACCUGACAGUUGUGGUUGUUGUUUUUGUUUUUCCUUAUCCCGAUUUGAAGCUUAUAUGCAGCAUUAGCACAUUUGCAUGUCUGCAGAAGUCCGUUAUGGUUUGUUAGAUGUAAAUGUCCUCAUUUAUCCAUGUCCGUGGCAGUUUAUGCAGACAUUUUGCAGCGGACGUACACAAGCAUUUUCUGACUGUGUAGACUCUACCCUCUGACUUUGCAUGCUACCUGUACUACAUCCACUUUCCACAGUAACCAUGGAGGCAAGCUUGAGGUGAUGCUUGAAGGUCAAGGUUUGUACCCACACAUGUACAACCAUCGCGCAAAUAAUAAAAGGAGAUAUAAAAGAGGGCAAACUCCUGGCAAGAAAUCCCCUGUAUUGGAAUGGAAUACAAUAUUGAGUCUGCAUCAAUAGAGCGCAAGACUAAUGUGAACCCUUGUGUUACUAUGAUUGGAUCUGCCUACAUGUGUACAUGAAAAUGUACGCGCCAGGCUAAAACAAAUCUGCUGUGGGGAGCAUCCAAACCAGUGAUGCAGUGCAGCUGCAAAUGCUACUAUAGCUGACUGUUUACAACAUGCAGAAACAGGCUAAGCCACAUUUCCAUUACUUCCCUCAUCAGUGCCAACUUUACAACCUGAAAGACCAUUGGCGUGCACAGGCGGGGCAAUCGCCCCCUACAUGACAGCGUCCCAAAGAGUGUCCUUAGAGAAAAUGAUACUCAGUGCUGUACAGAAAAUGUCCACAACACUGUGAUAGAUAGUGGUAUACACAGGUGUGUGAGAAUGUGGGAGGUUAUAUUCUUGUGGUGCCUCCUUCAUCUUUGUGCACUAGGUGCCCUUUUAAUCUUUGCCCCUGCCCUCCCAAAUGUCUUUGCACACCACUGUGAAAAACUUUCUGAAUAUCUACAAAUUGGUAAAAUAAAACAACAUUAAUGGAUCAUCAUU